GUAACUUCAAAGAUAGAGUGUUCAUUCCAGAGAAAAGAGAGUAGAGAUGGAGAAGAUUAUCAUGGAAAAUCGAGGCCAUGUUUUGAUGAUCCCAUAUCCAGCUCAAGGUCAUAUAAACCCAUGUCUACAGUUCCUAAAAAGAUUAGUCUCGAAAGGUCUCAAAACCACAUUAGUCACAACCAAGUUCUUAUCUAAAUCAAUCAAUAAACCAAACCUUGGUCAUAACAUUGGUCUUGAAUUCAUAUCAGAUGGAUUUGAUAACGGUGGCUUCGCCGAAUCAGAUAGUAUAGAAUCCUAUCUACAGCGGUUACAAACGGUGGGUUCAGCAGAUUUAACUCAACGUAUCAAGAAACUAAAUAGCUCUCCUGAGGUGCAAAAUCCUGUGAACUGCAUAAUUUACGAUGCGUUCUUGCCGUGGGCUUUGGACGUGGCGAGACAGUUUGGGUUAGUAGGAGGAUCAUUUUUCACUCAACCUUGUGCUGUUAAUAACAUAUAUUACCAGUUUGGGAAGGGUCUGUUAAAGAUUGAUGACAGUGCCGUCACUAAUAAUAUUAAUGUUAAGAUUCCUGGGCUGCCCAUACCUCUUCAAGUGUCAGAUUUACCAUCUUUCUUGUGUGUGCCUGGAGCAUACCCAUCUUACUUGGAGCUUGCUUUGAAUCAGUUUGUAAACGUAGGAAAAGCGGAUUGGAUCUUUAUCAAUAGCUUCGACAUGUUGGAAGUUCAGGUUGUGGAUUGGAUGACAAAAACAUUUUCACAAUUAAGAACGAUCGGACCAACAAUACCAUCAAUGUACCUGGAUAAAAGAAUCGAAGACGACAAUGAUUACGGGCUCAACCUAAUCAAACCAGAUAGUAGCAUUUGCAUCAACUGGUUAAACUCUAAAGCUAAUGGCACGGUAGUUUAUGUAUCUUUUGGGAGCAUGGCUGAACUGAGCAAAGAACAGAUGGAAGAACUAGCAAUGGGUCUGAUUGGAAGCAAUUUUUAUUUCUUGUGGGUAGUUCGGGGGUCAGAAGCACACAAACUAUCAGGAAAAUUUUUGUCAGAAAUCGAAAAUGGAAACAAAGGUUUGGUUGUGAAAUGGAGUCCUCAGUUGGAAGUACUUUCACAUGCAGCAGUUGGAUGUUUUGUGACACAUUGUGGAUGGAAUUCGACCUUGGAAGCGUUAUCCUUGGGAGUGCCGAUGGUGGGAAUACCUCAGUGGACAGAUCAAACAACAAAUGCAAAGUUUAUAGCAGAUGAGUGGAGAGUGGGCAUACGAGUUAAGGUUAAUGAUGAUGAGAAAGGAAUUUGGACAAGGAAGGAUUUGGAGGUAUCUAUUCGGGAAGUUAUGGAGGGAGAUAGAGGAAAAGAGAUGAAGAAAAAUUCAAGCAAGUGGAGGCAGCUAGCUCAACAGGCAGUCGGCAUAGGUGGAAGCUCUGAUCGGAAUCUCGACGAGUUCGUAGCUAAUCUAAUAUGUUAGCUCUCGAAUUCCUAAUGAAAUCCUAAUUUAUGUCUUUGUAUCCUGUACUAGAAUAAAUGAGCAAGUGAAAUGUGUCUGGCCUGUGUCCAUCAUAACACAUUUGUAAAAACCCCAAAAUUAUGUGUACCCUCUAGUUUAGUCAAAUCCAUAAUGAAGUUGUGCUUGUUUUAU